GCGAGAGUGUCUUCCACAUAACCUUGCCGAACCAACCGAAGACAAUCUGGGUUUGAUAUCAUUGGAUCGAAGCUCAAGUCAUACUGUUAGUAAUCCUAGAUGGUUGAACGAUCUUAUGCCCUCACCUUCAAGUCGGAUUCGGUAAAACAAAAACACUGCAGCUCUUGCUCUGGAUCCGAUCCAUUUGCAUCCCGUGUAACUGUUAACGCAAGAGAAAACUAGAUACAAAUUUGGAUAAAAUCUCUUAACUUUUUGAUAGACCUGGGCACCGGAUAUUACCUGGCCCUUUUCUCAUAAGGCCGGCUACGAUAAGUACUUGGAUAGGACCUGUGCAGACUUCUAGUGGGUCGAGGCGGCCGGAUGCCUAGGCCUACUUGUUGAUUCGGAGAUGUUAGGGGUUUCGGUACCCGCCUUAACUAAUAUCGAUACUAUGAAAAGAUGAUAUACUUGGAGAAGAGAUACUCUGAAGAAAUUUUCUGUCUACUUACCCGGGUAAUGUAUUGUUUUGGGACCUAAACACAGAGCAAGAGAGAAGGGAAGAUGAUAUACCUGGAAAAGGAAGGGACAUCUAUAAAAGCUUGCUUUUGCACAAACGGAUGCGUGCCACUAAUACUAUUUUAUGAAAAGCUUGUUUCCCAAAGAAUUCAGCGACUUAGCUCUCAAACAAAAACCAGUUUUGAAUCGGCAUGAUAAAGAUGGAACCCUUCCAAAUGUUAAAUUUAUAAGAAGAUUUUUCAUUUGUUAAAAUUUUCUUGUAGUUUAUCGCUCAUCGCGCCCGGCUGCUGACGGGGAAAUUCUCGUGCCACCAUCCGGGAAGCGGGCAUUGGCGGCAUUGUGGAGCACAAGUCUCUCUCUCUCUCUCUCUCUCUCUCUCUCUCCCCCCUUUUUGUGGGAAUGGAAGGUGCAUAAUGCCCUCCGAUGCUUGGAUUUGCUAUAGUUUCUGUCAUCACAAGGAAAAAGAUUCCCCGCCUUCGUCCUGCUUUUCUUUCCUACCAUGCAGACCCCAAGCCGUUACAUCACACCCAGAAGCUUCACGCUCGCCUCCUCAAGUCUGGGCUGCUGCUUAUGCACGAUCCAGUUGCCUCGAGUCUGGUUCGUUUGUAUUGUGAAUCUGCUCAUUUCGACAAUGCAAACAAGCUGCUUGAGGAAAUGCCCGAGUGGGGUUUGGUUUCGUGUACGUCCUUGAUCGGUGUUUUCUCCAAGUUCGGUCGUGGCAAGGAUGCUUUGCAUCUCUUCUCUCGCAUGCUUGUGCGCGAUGUUAGACCCAACCAGUUCACUUUUGGCUCUGUCCUCCAUCUCUGUGGCAACCUGCAGAUUCUCGAUGUGGGGAAGCAACUGCACGCUGCUUCAGCAAAGAUGGGGUUGCACUCGAACGUCUUUGUGGGUAGUGCUGCCGCAGAUCUCUACGCUAAGUUGGGCAGCAUAGAAGAUGCCGUCAAGGCGUUUGAUGACAUUUUGGAGCCAAAUGUUGUUUCUUACACUAGCCUGAUUUCUGGGUAUCUGAAACAUGAGAGGGUUGAUGAUGCUGUUAAGUUGUUCAGUACCAUCCCUGAAAGGAAUGUGGUGUCUUGGAAUGCUAUGAUCUCUGGCUGUAGUCAAACAGGGCACAGUGAAAAAGCGUUGGAUCUGUUUGUUGAGAUGUGCAGAAGUGGUGAGUUGCCAAAUGAGACGACGUUUGCAAGUGUUAUAAGCUCUGUUGGCAACAUAGCAGCGGUCGGACUAGCCAGGCAUUUGCACGCCUGUGCUGUCAAGUCCCUAAGAAAACUUGACGUUUUCGUGGGUAAUUCCCUCGUCAGCUGCUACGCAAAAUGUGGGGCAAUGGAGGAGAGUCGCCAAGUGUUUGAUAGAAUGCCUAGACGGAACAUUGUUUCAUGGAAUGCUUUGAUUUGGGGGUAUGCACAAAAUGGUAGAGCAAGGGAAGCUUUGGAUGUGUUUGAGGAAAUGAAAGCUGUUGAUGGCCUAAGACCUAAUGAUGUCACUCUGCUUUGCUUACUAUUUGCCUGCAACCAUGCAGGCCUUGUAGAUGAGGGGUCUGCGUUGUUUGAUCUGGUAAAGCUGGAGGAGCCUGAGAUCUUGAAAGCUGAACAUUAUGCUUGUGUGGUCGAUCUCCUUUCACGUGCCGGCCGCUUUAGAGAAGCUGAAAAUUUUCUGCAGAAACUGCCACUUAAUCCGGGGAUUGGGUUCUGGAAAGCUUUGCUUGGUGGAUGCCGGAUACAUUCCAACAUGAGGAUGGCUGAGCUUGCAGCAGGAAAGCUGCUGGAGUUGGACCCUGAGGAUGUCUCCAGUUAUGUGCUACUGUCAAACGUUUAUGCUGCAGCCGAUCGCUGGCAUGCGGUGUCAAAGAUUCGAAGGAUGAUGUCUGAUAAGGGAAUGAAAAGAAUCCCUGGCUGCAGUUGGAUUGAGAUAAGGAGCAAGGUCUAUGCAUUUUCUACUAUGGAUAGAAGGCAUCCUGAGACUGAUAGUAUAUAUGACAUAUUGAGACACUGCUAUCUGCAAUUAGAGGAGGCAGGAUAUUGUCCUAACCCGAUUCAAAGCACUCACAAUGAUACUGAAUGAAAUGAUAUUUGAUUCUCAA